GCCAUAUUUUUUUAAAUAGCUGCGAAAGAAUACUUUGCUUUUCUCUUCAAAAUUUUAAUGCACAAUCUUCCUCUAGGGGCUGUGAGAUCUUGUAGUUUUUGGGGAGGCUCAAGCGUAUGGGACAUGGGGGUCAAACGGACCUCGGCCUGCAUGCGUGUGGAUAUGGAUGAAAGGACCCCUGUAAACGGGUUCUUCUGGGACCCCAAGGUGGCCAAUCUAAGGGGUUGCGUACUGGCGAAGGGAGUCAACGUCAUCCCACUCCGCGAGCUAUGUUCCAGAGACCUGAUGGUGAUAGUCACGGAUCUUAAAGGAAAAGGAAGGCUAGUCAUGGGAUCGGCUGACUUUCCAUAUGACAGUGAUACCAAUCCACCAGAAGAGGUCAGCGAAGCAAGCAACAGAGAACGAACGACCAGCGUCCAGUGUCUCUCUCGGGAUCCAUAAUUGUGAAGAAAUUUGAGAGUGCUGACCCUGCCGCCCCCCAUAAGAUGCAAAAAGGUUUGUGAAUCGAUGCCUUGGUGGGCCAUUAUCUAUCAUCGAUUUAUGGCAUUAUGACGAAGAUCCUGGAAUACUGCGUAGGGAUUUCUUCCAUUUGAUUGAUUAUGAUGUCAAUGACCGCGCAUUCACAUGAUUCAAAAACACGUCUUGUAUAAAUACUUUUUAAAAAACCCGCAUCAUUGAAUGGCCGUAAUAAAAAACAUAAUUUAAUAAACACUGCGGAAAGAAACCCUUUUUAAAGAACGCCAUGAGGAAAA